CACCGGUUUAGCUGUCAAAACCGAAACAAGAAGAAAAAAACAAACGUUUUGAAAAAGAAUGGCGGAAGGAGGUGAUUUACCGUCUGUAAAAGAUGGUUCAGAUGCGGAUUUCGAGAUAACGUGUACACCUUGUGGAGAAGACAGUGUAAGAGAAGAGGCCAUCAAGUAUUGUCAAGAAUGUCAAGAAUAUUUAUGUGCAAUGUGCACCAAGCAUCAUGGUCGGCCAAAAGCUACAAGAACACAUAGACUUGUCGAUAAAAAUGAUGCCAAACAGAGCUCAUUUGUUGUUAAGACAAAAUGCCAUUAUCAUCCGGACCGAGACAUUGAAAUGUAUUGCGAAGCACAUGACAUGGUAUAUUGUACUAUGUGCAUAGCCACAGAACAUAGAUCAUGUGCUGGCGUUAACAACAUAGAGGACAAGUUGGAACCGUGUGUUAAUCAAACUGAGAUUCAUCAAGUGCUAGAUGAAACCAAGAACGCACUAGAAACCAUUAAAGCUGUGGUCGUAAAGCAACAGAAGAAUAUUGUUUCUCUCAAAGAGCAAAGAAACGUCAUACAGGACAAGCUGGAAGACGUUAAGACAAGCUUGAUAGAACAUAUCCUUAAACUGAAGAUGGAGACGUCAUACUUUAUAGACGAAACAUAUGCCAAGACGAAAGAAGAACUUGAGUUUGAAAUUAAUGUAUCAACUAACAUGAUAAAAAACUUGGAGAAAACGUUAGAGCAAAUGCAAUUAGUUCAUAAUUUGGACGCAAGACAACAGUUCAUUCAGAUGAAACUGGUGAAGAUAACUUUAACAGAUACUAACACGUUACAUUCCAACAGUGAAUUAAAUGGAACAAAAUCAAUUUGUUUCACAGAAAACACAGAUUUAGUAACCUCCGUAAUGACGGCAAAUGCUUUUGGACAGGUAAAACCAUCGAAGUCAAAGCAGUACAAAAUGAAGUCGAAGAAAGAGUUCAAUGUAAAACUGGGAACUGACAAAAAUAUAUGUUUCAUUUCCGAUGUCUGUCAACAUCAGGAUGGUACAAUCAUGCUGACUGACCAUAAUAAUAGUAAUGUUAAGAGACUAGAGAGUGACUACAAGCUGAAGGACACAUGUGACCUAGCCGCAAGUCCAAGGGGCAUAUGUUUCAUUAGUCAGAAUGAAGUAGCUGUCAAAAUGAGCAACAACACCAUCCAGUUCAUAGACGUUAGUAAUACCUUGUCUAAAACGAGAUGUGUAGAUAUAGUUCAUGGGAGCCAGCUUGGACUUACAUUUUGUAUGGGAGAGCUGUGGACAUCUAGCAUCGGUGGUAUUGUUAACGUGUACAGUACUACAGGAAACCUUGUUAAGUCUAUUGACAAGAAUAGGAAAGUUAAGCCCUUAUUUAAAUCAGUCACUCAACAUUUGGCUGCCAGUGGCGAUAGCGUUAUCGUGACAUAUAGCAGUGAUGGUGCUGUCUGUUUUAACAAGGAUGGUACGAUAAGGAGGGAACUACGUAGUAGUGGAUUGAAAGAUACCCGAGGUGUCUGUGUAUUAGACGAUGGAAUCGUAUUACUCAGUGGAUGUAACUCCAACAAUAUCGUGAUGUUCAGCAGCGAUGGAAAAUGUCUUGGAGAGUUGGUGGCCAAAGAUGCUGGAUUGAAAGAACCUAUCAAUCUGUGUUAUGAUGUUAAUAAGCAUAGUAUAAUUGUAACAUGCCGAAACUGUGACACGAUAAGUGUUGUUGAACUUAGAGAAUAAAAAGAACAUUCCUCCUCCUUAAGAGACACAUAUUAUUAGGGACGUUUCUAUGUUAUUAUGUCAGUUAUGAUUAAAUUACGUUUCGAUAUCAUUCGAAAAGUUUAUUCAAUCUAUACACUACGUGCACAUUUCAUAUUCUAUUCCGUGUGUAACCGAAUUAUAUAUUGAUAAAUAGUAUAAUUUCGAAUAGUAUAAAUAGAAAAUAAACUACUUUUCUUUUUAACAAAACAAUGACAGUUAGGGUAAAUGAUUCACAACUGAUUUCGCAUCAGUUCAGUUCGAGGUAUCAGAGUCAAAGUGGUAUAAAUACAUACGAUAUCGACAAAGUAGUGGUUAGAACCGUUUCGCUCUCAUCCUCGGAGUUGUUUACAGCUGGAAAAUCUUAUUCGAAAGACUCCCUGGUCGAUUUCCUUUCUAAAACAAAUACUGUUAUCGUAUA